AUUUAAUCAAGGCAUUGCCAGUUGUGGCGUUCAACUUUUGGCUUUACAAAGGCCCAACAGCACCGCAAAACACCCACAGGAGCGGCUGAAGGACAUUUCAAUGCAAGCUGACGGUGGCAGUAUGUUGUACUCAGGGCCACCACCGUGUCUACAGCAUUACAAGCACAGCGUGUACUCAGAUCGUACAUGGCAUCAUCAAACUGAGUUCCAGCCCUCCUUACUCAGGACCUGAACCAAGGCGCCUUCAUGUGAAUUGCUCUUGCUAAUCCUUUCUAAGCUACGGGGUGCGUUGUUCUCAGCCGUUUCUACUCAGGACCCGAGUCAAUGUGCCCUUAUGUCCUGGAUUAGAUCCUGGUUCGCUUUGCAGCGGGGUUUGUGGUUCCUUCUGCAAGGAUGGGCUUCUUCAUGCCCUUGGAUGUGCAGCCGGUGCAGUAUCGGCGGAGAGCGUGGGCGUGCUUCGUCCUCCUGAUCCUUGUCUUUGCGAGCUUCCUUGCCGCCAUACUUGUGUCGGUUCUGCUGCGAGCACAGACCCUGCCAACAUCGUUGUCAAUUGGGAAAAGCGGCGUCCGAUUCCCGGGAAUCACCACAUGCCACCGCAUUACCUACAGUCCGGCGGACUGGGAGACCUUCUUGACAGAAACGGACGUCCGCUUUCGCUGCAUCCAAGACUACGACGGCUACUCGCCACCCACUCCUAAAACAAUAAAGGCAUACUUUCGGAACGGCACCGCGGUGCCUAGUGACAAGUUCGUAGUGCGCUCGAGCGCCGGCGUGCCUACCGGGGCAUAUGUCAAGCCAGCGACUUGGACUGGCGGGGAUAACUCUUUGUGUCUGUAUGCGGACUUUGAGGGGAUCGUCGGGCAGGCUGGGGAAACGGCCUACAGUGCACCACGCUUCUGCAGCUUGGACAUCUUUUCGAGCAUCGGCAUUACGUCGUUCAUGCGCUUCCUGGCAUCGUAUGAAAACGGAACGAAGGUGCUCGGAGAGACCGGGUAUAGCUACUACAGCACUGCCGAGAAAGCAAACGGGUCCUUUUGGAGCCAAUUAACCAUGCGCUUGGACUUGACCACGACCAAGUAUAUCAACGGGACCCGGGAGACUGUUGCGUCGUGGAUCCGCGAAGACGCGUGGCCGAGCUCCCCCGGGCGAUCCGGCUCGAUGUCGCUCGUUGUGCUCCUCGACUCGCGAGGGGAGACGCUGAUCACGCAAAUCUGGCCUGUUAGUCACACCUCCAUCAUCAGUCAGGUUUUAGCAGCAUGGGCCAGCAUCGCGCUGGCAUUCGGCCUCUUAUUCCCCAUGAAAGAUGAGCGCUACUAUGUGUUUGAUGCGGAGCGAAGGUCGCGCAGCUUAGCCAGCAGUGCUGAGAGCGGCAGUGACGGCAAGGAUAGCGUUCCGGAUCUGUACACGUAGUGCAGUGCGCACUAGAAAGGUAUGCAGUCUUGCGUUGUAGCACAGCAUUUAUCAAGGUCACCUAGCGAAGUGACUGGUAGAGUCUAGGUGUAGAGAUCAAACCUUUUGAGUGAGGCUUUGACCCGAUCAUCCGUUACCGUUGAGCAGUUGCAUCAAAUAGUUGUAACUUAUUCAGCCUUGCCGCAAGUAGUGAGAGCGCCAAGCUAGGAGUUAGGCAUUAGUGUAAGCAAUUGGAGCUCACGGUCCCCUCCUUUUCGAACAUUCAUUGGACGACCCUGGCAGGCGCCACAAGAUAGUCCCAAUUCAUAAUAACAACGUCCUUAGUUUGGGG